GAGUCCAGCGUGUUGGAGUGGGCUGGAAUAAAAAAAAUGAAUAACACACUUGUUUGUCUGGAUAGCUUUCCUUGCUGUCUGCCAUGAAUUUCUUCAAAAGCUUUUUCCAACUUUCCCACUCUCAGCAACUCCGACUGGCUCUCAACAGUUAUUCAGCCUUAAAGAAGAGAAAACCGUGCAGGAAACACCAACAAUCACCAUCGGCAAUGCCAGCAACAAGAGGACAUGCAGAUCUGCAGCCUGCAGAACCUCUCAACAUGAACCACUAUGCCACUAAGAAGACUGUAGCAGAGAGUAUGCUGGAUGUGGCGCUGUUGAUGGCAAACGCCUCACAGCUGAAAGCUGUUCUGGAGCAGGGCCCUGAGUUCAAAUACUACCUCACCGUCAUCAUACUCAUCGCUGUCUCACUCUUCUUCCAAGUGCUUGCUGGAGCUCUAUUUGUCAACAUGGCUCGCAAAAACCUCAAUGAAGUGGCCAAUCAGAGGAAGCUGGACAUAAUGAAUAAUGUGGCCACUGCAAUGGUGUUUCUCACUGUCAUCAUCAACAUUUUCAUCACCGCGUUUGGUGUGCAGAAGACAGGUCUCUAUCCUAAGCAGUAACUGUCUCAUGAUCAUACAGGUGUUACAGGUGACUGUCUUGGCAUGGUGUUGUGUCAAAACAUGUGGAAUAUACAAUAUGUAUGCUACAGUACGAUAAGUAAAUAAUAAUAUUUGACCUAACCCUUGACUAAUUAUUUCAUAUUGUUUGAUUUCAUGGUCUCCAGCAUGAAAAUGGUUGUGAAACAAACCGUUCCAGCUGUGAGACACACCUGCAUAAUUAUUUUAGCUUCUUUUCUAUUUAUUUUUACACAGGGCAUUAUAUAAGAGUCCAUAAAUAAAAUAAUAUUUGUCUAUCAAAUAUGCUGUGCAGUGAUAAAUUAACUUGAGGUAAAUUACACUACCGGUCAAAAGUUUUGAAACACUUGACUGAAAUGUUUCUCAUGAUCUUAAAAAUAUUUUGAUCUGAAGGCGUAUGCUUAAAUGUUUGAAAUUAGUUUUGUAGACAAAAAUAUAAUUGUGCCACCAUAUUAAUUUCUUUCAUUACAAAACUAAAAUUUAAUUAAAAAAAGAAAAGUUUUUGAAAUUGAUGACUUGGACCAAAUAAUAAAGAAAAGCAGCCAAUAAGUGCCCAACAUAGAUGGGAACUCCUUCAAUACUGUUUAAAAAGCAUCCCAGUGUGAUACCUCAAGAAGUUGGUUGAGAAAAUGUCAAGAGUACAUGUCUGCAAAUUCUAGGCAAAGGGUGACUACUUUGAAGAUGUUAAAAUAUAACACACUUUUGAUUUAUUUUGGAUUUUGUUUAGUCACAACAUAAUUCCCAUAGUUCCAUUUAUGUUAUUCCAUAGUUUUGAUGGCUUUACUAUUAUUCUAAAAUGUGAAGAAUAAAAAAAUUAUAAUAAAGAAUGAGUGUGUUUCAAAAUUUUGACAGGUAGUGUAUACUUCUUUAUUUAUUAGAGCUUGUUGCAUUGUAUCUUAAGUUUUCUAUUUGUCCCCUAUAAAACUAAAAAUAAAGGAUUGUUGCUGUAUAUUACUUGCUGGAUUUAUAUAAAGUACAAUAGUCAUGUGUGUAUGACUAAUCUCAAUAUCUGUCCUAUACUGGCCUCUAGUGGGAGAUUUGUGUAUUACACAAACAUGUUAAAGAAAUAUCCCCUGUUCAAUACAAGCCAAAGGUGCACUUAGUAAUUUUUUUCUCAUUAACUCCUAAAGAAAUGAAUUGUAAUUUUGCAAUAUAUGUAGGAAAUCAUGAGCACUCACAUUAAAAUGAAGACUCCAGUCAUAUCAGUAACCUUAUGAAAGCUGUUUUAUUCUACAUGGAGGUGAAUAUUACUCGCUUAAUCUCAGUAACCGUCCUGUAAAUUGACACUUUCACUCAUUGAUUAAAGUAAUCAUGGCUUGACUGUGAAUACUACAUUUCUACAAUGGCAUCUGAAACUGAAAACUUUUUAUUUUAAAUGAUGCUGCAUCCAAGCCGCUAUAGGUGUCAUUGUAAGUCCAAGUUGACACAAUGACUAAAGUUACUGAGGGCACCUUUAAGCUCAGGUUUGCGGAUUGGCCCCAUUCACUUCCAUUGUAAGUGCCUCACUGUCAUGCAGAUGUUUCCUUUUUUUUUUUUUUUUUUAAGAAAAAGAGGGGCAAGUCAAAAUACAAUUUUGUGGUAAUCAAGAUUAUGCCACAGAUGCUGUCAAUACAGCUUAGCUUGUAUUGAACUCAGAAUAUUCCUUUAACAGAAAUGUGAAAAUGGAAGAAAAAAAAAUGAAAAAGGAUUUAAUGCAUAUUAAAUUUGACUUGACUGAAAAUAAAUAAAUAAAUAAAUGGUCAACAUGA